AUGGACAAUCGUCAAGAGGUGAUAAUCGAAAAGGUAUGUAAAAUUUACGACAAACUCUCUAGGUUAGGAAGCCUUAAUCCCCCAAACCAAGUCAAUGACUUAUUUACCCAACUAGUAACAACAUGCACCACCCCAUGUCAUGAAUUUGAUAUUACUCAAUUGUCCCAAGAAAUCAAAGAAAAAAUUGCUAAACUAAUUACCCUUUGUGGAAAAGCUGAAGGAUUACUUGAAAGUCAUUACUCAACUCUCAUAGGAUCAAAUGAAAACCCACUAAACCACAUAAAAAUCUUCCCUUACUACAAAAAUUACCUAAAACUCACACAUUUAGAAUUCACUAUGUUCACCAAACACAUCACUCAAGUUCCUUCAAAACUUGCCUUUAUUGGCUCUGGCCCACUUCCUCUAACCUCAAUCAUAUUAGCAACCUAUUACCUAACAAAAACAUGUUUCCACAACUUUGACAUUGAUUCAUUGGCAAAUUCAAAAGCUUAUGAUUUAAUCUCAAAAGACAAUGACUUGUCAAAAAGAAUGCUUUUUCACACUAGUGAUAUUGUUGAUGUGAAAAAUGAACUUAAAGAGUUUAAUGUUGUGUUUUUGGCUGCAUUGGUUGGUAUGGACAAAAAGGAGAAAGCAAAAGUGAUUAAUCACUUGGCUAAAUACAUGGCUCCUGGUGCCAUUCUUGUUCUAAGGAGUGCACAUGGUGCUAAAGCUUUUCUUUAUCAUGUUGUUGAUCCUUCUUGUGAUCUUAAAGGUUUUGAAGUUUUGUCCAUUUUUCAUCCAACUGACGAGGUUAUAAAUUCGGUCAUUGUUGCAAGAAAGGGUUUGGUGAAUCAACAAGGGAUUACUUGAAAAACAAGUGAUGUUGAAGGUUUUAA